ACGAGUUGUAAUUCUGUGCUCUAUCUUUCGUUUAUUUAAAAAAAUUUUUUGUAUAAAAAAAUAACAAUAUUUAAAUAGUUGAAUUUUUUGUGUGUAUAGAUUAUUUUUAAAUAUUUUAAAUAGUGAACUAUGAGUAUUUGAAAACCGUGAAUUAUAAAUAAUUGUGAAUAAAUAGGCUGUGAUUUAUCUAAAUAUGGCGUCUCAUUUGGCUUACAAUUAUGAAGAACGUGGACAUCGCAUUAGCUCAAGGCAUCGAGUUAUUCCGGCUUCACACAAACCCGCUGAUUCUAUUUGUGCAAACACAAGAUAUUACGUAGGAAAUGGAGGUGGAGGAGGUAGUGAUAUUAGUGAAGAAGAUCUUACAGAUUUACCAUCUUGUGCCUAUGCAGGCCGAGCGACGCAACACGUGGCGGCUCAUACUUCACCCCAUAGCCAUACACACUUGCCCUUACAAUAUAAUAUACCGCUGUCAACACAAGAUCAUAAUGACAAUGAGUUAAAUGGGUUUGAAGAGGGAUAUUAUCCAAACGGUAGCCCUUAUAGAAUCCAAAGGAAUGCGGCAAACAUUCGCGAACGUCGGCGGAUGCUAAGCAGCAUAAACUCGGCUUUCGACGCGUUAAGGGGCCACGUGCCGACAUUUCCAUACGAGAAGAGAUUAUCAAAAAUUGAUACAUUACGAUUGGCAAUAGCUUACAUUGCGUUACUGACGGAAGUUCUUAAAGUAAAAAAUGUCGAUCCUCUGACGUACAUCGAGAUGUGUCUCAGAGGUGAGAUGAGCAGCGAACGCGCGGAAUGGAAUACAAGUGAUCUUAUGGCUCGUCUGGCAUGGAUAAAUUGGGAAAAUCUCGGCGUUAAUCCCAACCGACGAUCCUCUCUUACCACACUUACUUUCACUGCCGAUAAUUUAAAUUGAGUAUUAAUGAAAAAAAAAAAAAAAGCUAAACAUAUUAUUUUUUUCGUUUAUGAUUUGCAUUGUAAAUAAUAUCUCGGUGCCCAAAGAUUAAUUGUGAACUAUAUAAAUAUAUAUAUAAAAUAGUUAACGUGCAAUAUAAGCAAAUUUAAAAAACAAUAACUUUCAUAUUUGUGUACCUGUAUAAAAAGGCGUUUAAUAUUAAUUAGUGUAAGUAGAUUUUUUUUUUCAAUAACAUUUUAAUAGAUGAAAUAUUAAUAAAAUUUUCUA